AUGAUGCUGCCAAGAAGGACGCUGAAGCCGAAGGUGCCAUCUUUCACGAUGAGCCCUUCAUGGCGGACGCCGUCCAGGAGCAUCAUCAUUGCGCCAAGCGCCGACGCUGCAGAGGCAAACAAGAGGACAAUCAAGAGCGGGUGCUCCUACCCGGGCACUUCGCCGUGGUAGUAGCCGCUCUUGACUCCUCGCGUCUGUCGCGCGAGCUCGAAGUCACGCUCUACACGGUGGACCGGGGUAUGCGAGGAGACAAACCCGCGACCCUCUUCAGCUGGACCGAGAGCGUGCACUUCCUGCGGCGCUUGGAGGCGGUCAGCGGGCGCGAGGACGGUGGCAUCAUCUACUCGUCCAAGCCGCUGGCCUGCAGUGCUCGAGAACGCGGGGAGUUUGCAGACGGCGUAUAUGCCCGGUUCCCGCUGCUCUGCACUCCCUCGCGGACCUUGCAGCUCCCCGUGGAGGCCGAAGUCCACGUCGUUGACGACACCUUCAACUCGAAGGGCGAGAACGUCACCGAUGGACAGGCCUCCAUCGGCUACGCCCUGGCCGAGUUCCGCUGUCUCCUUGCGGAAACUGGCACCGGGAUGCGCGUCCUCGGAAAGGGCCUUUUGGUCGUGGACGAGGACGAAGACCACAAAUGGCAGCUGCUCCUCCCAAAAUCCACCGCAAAACUCCGGUGGCAUACCGGAGUCGACGGUGCGGAGGAGCACCUUGGACUCGACAUCGUCCAGGCCCACGGACAGCGCGGACAGCUUUGCGCCGCCGCACUGGGUCCCGCAGCUGCAUGCUGCCUGCAAGCUGCGGGCAAGGACAGAGCCCAUGCAGACGGGCUUCUGCAGAAGUUCUUGACCGAGGGCAAGAAGGCCUUCGUCGAGCAAAAUGCCCGCACCGCCUGGGGGCUUUCACGUGACCGGGCACGACCCCCAACUGUACAGAAGGUGGUGCGGGACCCGCAGGAGCUAGGAGGUGCGGCGGCUGCAGGGCGACAGGUUGACCUGUUGGCAGCCGAUCGCACCUCCCAACACCGCGUCGAUGUGAAGUACGUCAAGGUCCU